AUGGAUCAUCUAGAAAAUAUAGUAACACAACUUAUCCCGGAAGAGCAUAGGUCGAAAUGGAUUGCACGUAGCAAUCAUAAUGUGAAAUGUUUUACAGAAAAGGAGAUAAGAACAUUUACCAACAACUAUGGGACUGUCCUCGGUAGAGGUGCUUUUGGAGAAGUCUAUCACGGGGUUCUUGAGGAUAAAAGUAAGGUCGCAGUCAAGAGGUUUAUCUACAAUGUGAAAGAAAAUUUUGCCAAAGAGUUGAUCGUCCACCGUGAGAUCAAUCACAAGAAUGUAGUAAAAUUAGUCGGCUACUGUAUAGAUGAAAAUGCUCUGAUGGUGGUCAUGGAGUAUAUUCCUAAAGGAAAUCUGAGCAACAUACUUCACCACCAUAGUAGUCCCAUCGCUUUGGAUACACGGCUAAGAAUUGCCAUUGAAUGUGCAGAAGCAUUGGGCUAUAUGCAUUCACAAAUGUAUACUCAGGUCAUUCAUGGUGAUAUCAAGCCUGCUAAUAUACUUCUGGAUGAUGGACUCAGCGCAAAAAUAUCAGACUUUGGAAUAUCAAGACUACUCAACACCGAAAGUACUCUAUAUACUCUAAAUGUGAUAGGAAGUAUAGGCUAUAUGGACCCUCUGUUUGCUCAGAAUGGCCGCCUCACAGCAAAGAGUGAUGUGUAUAGUUUUGGUGUUGUGCUCCUAGAACUGAUAACGAGAAAAAAAGCAAGAACAGAUGAUGGUGAGAUUGGCUUGGUUGAAAGCUUUAUUCAAUCCCUUUCAAAAGGGUUUAGGAGGGUGCGGGAGAUGUUUGAUCCUGAAAUUGCAACACCGAGUAACAUGAAGACUAUCCAAGAGAUUGUUAAAUUGGUAGGUAAAUGCUUGAGGAUGGAACUCCACAAACGCCCUGAGAUGUUAGAAGUUGCAGAACGUCUUCAAAAACUUAGAAAGGCUCCACAUCAGGUACAACAAAGACUAGCUCUAUUUUCUUGGGGAAAGAAAAAUAAACAAGUUCCAGCCGAAACACCAUUGCUGGAAAGCAGCAGCAGUACCCGAAAUGUGGGAACUUUUAUCGAGCUGGACGACCUGCUUCGGGCAUCGGCUGAAGUUCUGGGCAAAGGUACAGUCGGGACAACAUACAAAGCGACGCUUGAAAGUGGAUAUGGGAUGGUGGUCAAGAGGUUGAAGGGUGUGGACUUGCGGAAUGCGGAGUUUGAGCAGCAUAUCACACUGAUCGGUGCCAUCCAGAGCAAACACAUUGUGCCACUGCAGUGGCAUUACUAUAGCGAGCACGAGAAGAUGCUAGUGUACCAUUUCAUCCCCAUGGGUAGCCUAGCAAAAGUGCUCCACGGUGACGGAGUCUCUGGCCCAGCUCCGCUCGACUGGGAGCAGCGGUCAUCCAUCUCACUUGCUGCUGCUCGCGGUAUCGAGGCAAUCCACUUAGUUGGGCCAUCGAGCUGCCAUGGCAACAUCAAGUCUUCCAACGUCCUGCUCACCGGCACCCACGAUGCGUGUGUGUCGGAGCAUGGCCUGGUAGCACUGGGCAUGUUUCAUCUCGAUGACUCCAGCUACUACGCUCCUGAGCUCGCCGGCAGCAGGUGGGUCCAGUCGCAGAAAGCCGACGUGUAUAGCUUCGGCAUCCUACUGAUGGAGCUUCUCACCCGCAAGGAUCCGGCAAGAAGCGUUCUGGAGGGAGUUGAUUUGCUACGGUGGGUGUGUUCCGUUGUAUAUGAGGGGUGGAGGGCGGAGGUGUUCGACAUGGAGCUCCUACGAGGGGGCUACAGGGAAGGGGGGUGCAUGCUGCGACUUCUGCAGCUCGCCAUAAACUGUUGCAGUCAAGAUGCCAACUCUAGGCCUACAAUGUCUGAUGUCGUGCAGCAGAUCGAAGAGAUCCGACCAACAAUCCUGACUCCACUCCUGACCAAGAACCUCCCACAUCACAGCGACUGA